CCUUGCUCUCUUUUCUGAUAGCACCUCAAGCCCGCAACCGGCGUGAUCUACUCUGGGUGGUGCUCAUCACCAAUUGUUUCACUCGGCGACGCGUCCAGAGCGAUAUUCUUGCUGCCUCUCGUGGACUGAGAGCUGAGACAAGACAUCGAGCAGUCUCUGGCCGAGGAUGUUGCUUCAAAGUCCCCAUGGAUGGCAUUCUUGGUAGGAUCGCGCUUUCGUAAUCUAUGAGUCUCGCUCGGUGCUCACGAUGGAUCGAUAUCUC